AUGGGGGGGCACGCACGCCGCCCUGAGCCGAAGCCUUCGCGCGGUAGGGCGGAGGCCCCGCCCCAUCACCGCACGCGCCUUCCUCACCGCACCGAAUUCAAACGGCCGGAGAGAGCGCGCGCGCGCGCCCGCCUGCCCGCGCGCGCGGGGGGCUCGGGGGAGGGCGGGGCCAACGGUAACAUCCGGGUACCUGCCGCCCCCCGCCGCAGGUGCGGACCCGGGCCCCCGCCUCCGCCCCGGGUGAAACGAAGGGAGGGAGAAAAGCGGGCGGGGGGGGGACGACACGGACACACAAACGAGACGACGACGCCGGACACCCCCCGCCUCACCCCACCGCCACUAAACGGGGCUCGGCGGCGGGUCUUUGGGUUCGAUGGCGUCGGGGCGCGGCUGCCCGGGCGCCGCCCCUUCCCCACUAACAAUGGCGGGGUCCUGUCAGGCAGAGGAGGGGGCGCCGCUGCCGCCGCCAGUAGGGCGUCGCCCCUCACAGAGCGUAGCCCGCUCCCGGGACAAAGGACACCCCCAUCCCCACCGAGAUUCGGAGAGCUAGGGACGCGCCCCCCGUCCAUUGUCUCCCGUCCCUUUGUCACCGCGACGGCCGAGAAGCGGGCGGCGGAAGGGGAUGCGACCCUCUCAAGGAAAAGGGGCAAAAAGAGUAGGCGUGGGACACCCCUCCUCAAAUACCCGCAAAUGUCUGUGGAUCCCCAAAGGCUACCCCUCACGCUGACCCCCAUCCUCAUCCCCCUCUGCUGCAGCACCGCCGCCCAUCUCACUGAGCGCCGGAGCCCCACGGGACCACCUCCCUGCCCUGCUCCUUCUCAAGCCCCGGAGGGGCUGCGGACUCCCCAAUACCGCCCGCAGCCCCGCCGCGCACCCACCUUCCCGCUCCGCCGCUCCAGCCACACUCCGCUCCCGCCCGCCCCGCCGCGCACAAAAGCGCCAAACAAUGGCACGUGA